AUGUCCGGGUCGGCAGCAGAAUGUUUUCUGUUUCAUGAAUUUUUCCUGACACUGAGAUCGGUCUCACCGAUGAGAUCAGUUCAUCUGCUGCUACCAUUUUGCGCGACAAGCCUUGGUUUCUCCGAAAACCAAAACCCAACUCAACUCCAUAAGGGUAUUGAAUGUUCCUCAAGACGAAUCAAUCUAUUAUCGCGUGCCCUCCGUCAAUCUACGCAACACGCCUAUCUCCACGUCCGAUCAUUCCUACAACUCAAAUCCUGCAAAUACCCACCUGAGCCAUUCACUAAAAUGCCACCUACCAACUACACUCCCUCCCUCCUCACCAUCUACGCACCCUCGGCCUCCCAUCAAACCCACCAGCCAGAGCCGACACUGAGGCUUUCCCUCCCCCUAGCCCAAAACAUUCACGCUCUAAUCCUCUCAUCCCGCGAACUUGCAUCCCUAGAGAACAAAAGAUCCAGAGAGGCUUGCUCCGACAUAGAAACAGCCAUGCACAUGGGGCAACUGGAGGCAAAAAUCUCCAGCCUGAGAAAGCGCAUAGAGAGCGAAUUGGAAACCGCCUGGGUAAAUGCAGGAUUGCUCCAAUCCGUAAAUGACAUGACCGCUCUGUCUCUGAAUAGCUCGGCCCAGCAAGCGGACAAAGAGAACGCAAUGAAACCUCCCCGUCAGCAAAUAAACACCUACUCCGACUACACCAUCGACGAAGAACUCCGCCGUCAAAAAUCUCCCAAGGAUCCACAAUCUGAACCCACCUACGAGGCCAAAGGCCGUAAGAAGCGCAAACUCGAAACCAAGAAGGCAAAGAAGGGAAAGAAAGCGACUAGCUCGCAUAGGGAUAAAGAGGACGAGGAUCGCCUUUUUCCGCAGCAGAUACAGCCGAUUGGAGUUACAUUGGCUCGGAUCCCUCUUAGUUGGGCCCACAGGCAGCGGAUGAGGAUGUUUCAGUUUUGCAAGGGGAGGAAGCGGACGCGGGAUGAAGGGUUCGAUCGAGGCGGGGAGGAGUUGUGGAGUCCGAUGGGGACUAAGUAUGUGGAUUAG